ACCAGUGAGCCAACCGUCCUGGGUGGGGCCAGGCUCCUGGAUUCGAUGUGUGACCUCAGACAAGCCAUUCUGCUGCUGGAAACGCCUGCGGUCCUUCACAGAUCCACCCGUGGGCCGCAUUGCCUGAGGCCACUGAGACAGCAGAUGUGACAGACUCCAUCAGUGAACAUGGCUUGCCCUGGCACUGAGGGGGGUCACACGGAGCAGCUGAGAACCUGAUGCUCGAUCUGCUCUGUCUUUCCUGUUCUUCAGCCUGCUCUGGGCAGCUUUCUACCUCUUGUGUGCCUCCGAUCCCUCUCCUGAAAAGACUAAAAUUGACCCCAGCAGAUUUCUACAUUUGCCUACAGGCAUAGAGCUGUGUAGAACCCACUGUGUCUCGAAUCCUGGUCCAUUCUGGGGGCCUGGUAAUGUCAGUCAGAUAGCGCAGAGAGCAGUUCUGGGAGGUCAUCAGUGAUGAACAUGGGAUAGACCCCAGCGGCAACUACGUGGGGGACUCAGACCUGCAGCUGGAGCGCAUCAGCGUGUACUACAAUGAGGCCUCCUCUCACAAGUACGUGCCCAGGGCCAUUCUGGUGGACUUGGAACCUGGAACCAUGGACAGCGUUCGGUCUGGGGCCUUUGGACACCUAUUCAGACCUGACAACUUUAUCUUUGGUCAGAGUGGUGCUGGCAACAACUGGGCCAAGGGGCACUACACCGAGGGCGCGGAGCUGGUGGACUCAGUCCUGGAUGUCGUGCGGAAAGAAUGCGAGAAUUGUGACUGCCUGCAGGGCUUCCAGCUGACACACUCACUGGGUGGGGGCACAGGCUCGGGCAUGGGCACCCUGCUCAUCAGCAAGGUGCGGGAGGAAUACCCCGAUCGCAUCAUGAACACCUUCAGCGUGGUGCCCUCACCCAAAGUGUCGGACACUGUGGUGGAGCCCUACAACGCCACCCUGUCCAUCCACCAGUUAGUGGAGAACACGGAUGAGACCUACUGCAUCGACAACGAGGCCCUCUACGACAUCUGCUUCCGCACCCUCAAGCUGGCCACGCCCACCUACGGGGACCUCAACCACCUUGUGUCUGCUACCAUGAGCGGAGUCACCACGUCCCUUCGGUUCCCUGGUCAGCUCAACGCCGACCUCCGCAAGCUAGCCGUAAACAUGGUGCCCUUCCCCCGCCUGCAUUUCUUCAUGCCCGGCUUUGCGCCCCUUACAGCCCGGGGCAGCCAGCAGUACCGUGCCCUGACGGUGCCUGAGCUCACCCAGCAGAUGUUCGACGCCAAGAACAUGAUGGCUGCCUGCGACCCGCGCCACGGCCGCUACCUGACCGUGGCCACCGUCUUCCGCGGGCGCAUGUCCAUGAAGGAGGUGGAUGAGCAGAUGCUGGCCAUCCAGAGCAAGAACAGUAGUUACUUCGUGGAGUGGAUCCCCAACAACGUCAAGGUGGCCGUGUGUGACAUCCCGCCCCGUGGGCUCAAGAUGUCAUCCACCUUCAUCGGGAACAGCACGGCCAUCCAGGAGCUGUUCAAGCGCAUCUCAGAGCAGUUUACAGCCAUGUUCCGGCGCAAGGCCUUUCUUCACUGGUACACGGGCGAGGGCAUGGAUGAGAUGGAGUUCACCGAGGCCGAGAGCAACAUGAACGACCUGGUGUCUGAGUACCAGCAGUACCAGGACGCCACUGCCGAGGAGGAGGGGGAGAUGUACGAAGACGAUGACGAGGAAUCGGAAGCCCAGGGGCCCAAGUGAAGCGGCUUGCAGAUGGGGUGCGGGGCCAAGUGGCAGCCAGGGGCCAAGGCAGGCAGCAUCUGUCCCCAGAGCCAUCUAGCCGCUGACACUGCCUGCCCCCAGCUUUGCCCCACCAGCUCUUAGGGCUCCCUAGGGCUCCCAGGUCAAAAUCCUUCAGUAUUUAUGGCCAUCCCCACCCUCGUGAGUCCACUUGGCUCUGUCCUCCCCAUUUUAGCCUCCUCUGUAUUUAUGUUGCUAAUUUGUCUGUUUUAUCGCGGCUCCGGCCUGAUGUUUUACGGUUUGUUUUGUUUUGUUUUUUACUGGGUUGUGUUUAUACUUGGAGAGGGAGGGUAUACUUAAUAAAGUUACUGCUGUCUGUCAGA